UCCACAUAUCCAUUCUCCAUUUUACAAGUAUCUUUCUCUUUUGAAAUUAUCAAAGCAGUUGGUUCUGGAAGCUGUUUUAUUUCCUCUCGAUUGAAAAGACAACAUCAAACCUUCAUAUUUCUUUUCUACAACACAUUUAUUUCCUUCAUGGUGGGGGCACUCUUUGGCCAAGUCUCAAGCAUCUUCCCAUUAUUUCUAACAUUACAAGUCAACAUUAUUAAACUGUCACAAAGAUAAGGCGUAUAUGGAAAAAUCAACAAUAUCAAAUUUUUUCUAUAAAGGAAUAGUAGUAAAAGUUUAUAGCCAGUCAACUCAAGAAUCCUACACCCUGAUCUCACCUUUAUAACACACCCUCAUCUCAUUUUCAUCAUUCACAUUCAUACAAAACUUUUUUUACAAUGGCCUGCCUUCCCUUUCUUUAUUUUCUUUUUUUCAUAAUAGUAUCUCAAGCCAAAGCCGGAGAUCCUGCAUCAUGUGAUAACAAAAGAGGCAAUUACACAGCCAAUAGCACCUACGACAACAACCUCAAAACCCUUAUAUCUAGUUUCUCUUCCCAUAAAGAAAUUAACUAUGGUUUCUACAAUUUCUCUUAUGGCCAGGAUCCAAACAAAGUAUACGCCAUUGGAAUGUGUAGUGGAGAUCUUAAGCCCAAUGAGUGUCUAACAUACCUAAACAGUUCUUUUGCCGAUCUUAGAGAGCAGUGUCCAAAUCAAAAAGAGGCGAUUGUUUGGGGUGGGAGUUUAACUUUGUGGUACUCAAAUCGCUCAAUAUUUAGGAUAGUAGAAACUGAACCUACAGCGGAUAUUUUCAAUACGGGAACUGCGACUGACGUGGACAAGUACAAUGAUGCGCUUUAUAAACUGAUGACAGAUCUUAAAGACAAAGCUGCAUCAGGUGACUCUCGUCGUAAAUAUGAUGCAGGUAAGUCUCCGUAUGCAAAUUUUGAAACUAUAUAUGGAACUGUGCAGUGUGUGGCCGAUUUGUCAUCCCAACAAUGUAUUCAUUGCUUGGAAGUAGCAAUUGAUGAAAUUCCAACUUGUUGUAAUGGCACGUUGGGACGACGACUUCUUAAACCAAGUUGCCGUCUUAGAUAUGAAUCU